CCUCGCUCCAGGUGCCGGUGCUGAAGCCCAUGGACCUGAUGGUGGAGGUCAGCCCGCGGAGGGUCUUCGCCAACGGCCAUACCUACCAUAUCAACUCCAUCUCCGUCAACAGCGACUGCGAGACGUACAUGUCCGCAGACGACCUGCGGAUCAACCUGUGGCACCUAGCCGUCACCGACCGCAGCUUCAACAUCGUGGACAUCAAGCCGGCCAACAUGGAGGAGCUGACGGAGGUGAUCACGGCCUCCGAGUUCCACCCGCACCACUGCAAUCUCUUUGUCUACAGCAGCAGCAAGGGCUCGCUGCGCCUGUGCGACAUGCGGGCAGCCGCCCUGUGCGACCAGCACGCCAAGCUCUUUGAGGAGCCAGAAGACCCCAGUAACCGCUCCUUCUUCUCUGAGAUCAUCUCCUCCGUGUCCGACGUGAAGUUCAGCCACAGCGGCCGGUACAUGCUGACCCGGGACUACCUCACUGUGAAGGUCUGGGACUUGAACAUGGAGGCAGGACCCGUGGAGACCUACCAGGUGCACGAGUACCUGCGCGGCAAGCUCUGCUCCCUCUACGAGAAUGACUGCAUCUUCGACAAGUUCGAGUGCACCUGGAACGGGGGCGACAGCGUCAUCAUGACCGGAGCCUACAACAACCUCUUCCGCAUGUUCGACCGCAACACCAAGCGCGACGUGACGCUGGAGGCCUCGCGCGAGAGCAGCAAGCCGCGCGCUGUGCUCAAGCCGCGCCGCGUGUGCGCCGGCGGCAAGCGGCGGCGCGACGACAUGAGCGUGGACAGCCUGGACUUCACCAAGAAGAUCCUGCACACGGCCUGGCACCCGGCCGAGAACAUCAUCGCCAUCGCCGCCACCAACAACCUCUACAUCUUCCAGGACAAGGUCAGCUCCGAGAUGCAGUAGGGGCGCCGUGCCGCUCCCGACCCCCACCCCGUGCCCUGAGCUGAUGGCCCUUCCCAACGCCCCUUCACCCCUUCAAGUCAUACCCCCAGGAGCUGGGGGCGGGGUGCCGUCCUGGCAGGGCUCGCAGACCGGUGUCCUUCCUGCAGGGCGCCCCGGGGUUUCUGGCGUGCACAGCCUCUGUGUAGAUCAUAUUUGUCUCCAACUGCGCCAGGGUCCGAGAGGAGGGGACACAGGUCUCAAUCCAGCCCUGUGUCCAGGCAGGGCCAGCCUGUGGGCAGCUGUCUGGACAGGUGGUUUCGGCACUUGCUGAGUGCCCAGCGUGGCCCUGGGCUCCCUCCCCGUGUCCUCCCUAAGCACCACCGGGCCGGGUGUGAGGUCCAGGGCCAGCCAUGGCUACCACGCCUGUGCGCUCACACCACCCAGCACACACUGCUCGCUCCCCGAGGGUGGGUGGCCUUCUAGCUCAGGAGGUUCUGAAAAGAACCUGGCUGCAGAGUGAGAUGGAGCAGGUGAGAUGCGGGGCUGGCUCCAGGGGGGCUCACCCCUCACCCUGCCCUUCCAGGACUCCCAGCUCCCUUUGGGAACAGCCACCAUGGUGACCCCUCACCUCACCCCAUGUCCACACCCACAGCUACUUUUCAGAUGAACCAAACUGCCUCUGAAAGUAAAUUGCAUGUUAGGACCACUUAGAAUGUGCUUCUGAGGACCCAGUCUCAGGGGCAGCCUCAGGGGGCGGGACCGGGGGCUGGGUCCUUGUGGCCGAGCCCCAAGUUUCUUCCACACCAGCUCCCCGGUCUCUGCAGACGGUCACUCAGUCCCUGCCUGGCUCUCGGGGAUUCAGGAUCUGCAGCAGAGCUGCCGGCUCCUGCUGGGUCCUGCACAGGGUCCAGCCUUUUCUACAAGGGGCACCAGGACCCAGGAGGCUGCCCUGGGAGAUGCUCCGGCAGGCAGCUGUCCACGCGUGUCAGAGCACAAGCCUACUGGGCAGCCGCACAUGUGCACAGCGACACUGGCAGAGGCCGACGCCCGGGGGCCACUCUCGCUCUCCUGUCAAGAGGAUGCAGAGCGGGGUCACUUGUACAGAAACCCCAAGAAACCAAGACCCGCGGUUCCUCGGACGGACACUUGGCAUGGCCCUGCUCCUUCGAGGUCACCGGGCUCAGCGGGGGCUGGCAGCUCAGCCGGAGGCCACCGCCCACUAGCCUGCUGAGUCCUUGCCACCGCCCAGGUCCACAUCUGCAGGGUGCUUUGUAGGAGGCUGCGCCAGAGAAGUUUCCGGUGCUUGACUUCUGUGGUCAUGGCUGUUAGCUGGCCGGGA